GAGCUUGGCCGUACCCAUCUGCGGGCUCCCCUCCUCUGUGGGGAGUGGGAUGACUGCCAUCCUGGAGCGCCUCAGCACCUUGUCCAUCAGCGGGCAGCAGCUCCGGCGCCUCCCCAAACUCCUGGAGGAAGGCUUCCCCAAGAUGCCCUGCACUGUGGUCCCCCGGCGCUUCCGAGAGCCAUACAUCCAGACGGGGUACCGCCCCACAGGCCAGGACUGGCGCUAUUACUUCCUCAGCCUGUUCCAGAAGCACAACGAGGUGGUCAACGUCUGGAGCCACCUGCUGGCGGCCUUGGCAGUGUUGCUGCGGUUCAAGGCCUUUGCGGAAGCGGAGGCGCUCUCCUUGGACGUCUCUUCCUUGCCGUUGUUCAUCUUCGUGCUGUCCUCAGUCACCUACCUCACCUGCAGCCUCUUGGCCCACCUGCUGCAAUCCAAGUCAGAACUGUCUCACUACACCUUCUACUUCGUGGACUAUGUCGGGGUCAGCGCCUACCAGUACGGCAGCGCCUUGGCCCAUUUCUACUACAGCGCGGACCAAGCCUGGUACGACAAGUUCUGGCUCUUCUUCCUCCCCGCCGCUGCCUUCUGUGGCUGGCUUUCUUUUGCUGGCUGCUGCUACGCCAAGUACUGGUACCGGCGCCCUUAUCCCCUCAUGAGGAAGGUAUGUCAGGUGGUCCCAGCAGGGCUGGCGUUCGUCUUGGACAUCAGCCCCGUGGCACACCGGGUGGUCAUGUGCCACUUAGGGGGCUGUGAGGAGCAAGCUGCUUGGUACCAUACCUUCCAGAUCCUGUUCUUUCUAAUCAGUGCUUAUUUCUUCUCCUGCCCCGUACCCGAGAAGUAUUUCCCAGGCGCCUGUGAUAUCAUCGGCCAUGCCCAUCAGAUAUUCCACAUGUUCUUGGCCCUUUGCACGCUCUCGCAGCUGGAGGCCAUCUUCCUGGAUUACAAGAUCAGGCGGGACAUUUUCCUGAGUAGACACGGUCCCCUCUCCAUCUACCUGUCCUGUGCCUCUUUCUUUGGCUUGGUGGCCUGUAGUGCCAUCACUGCUCGCUACCUGCAGUGCAGGAUCAAAGCAGCGCUGGCUAAAAAAGAGUCCUGAGAGAUCCUUGCGAAGACUAACGAGACACUGACUGGCUGCUACUGAUUCGGUGGAAACCAGCAGAGGAUAAUUUAUAGAGACAUAACAGAUUGGUUUGUUUGCAUAACAGUUUGUCUAACUUAUAACUGAGGGAUGGGUCACAGGCUGGAGUCGCUCUGUGAGAGCCCUUCUGUCUAAAGCAGGGGUGGGCAAUAAUUUUUGCAGGCAUGUAAUGAAUUUUGGUACUGGUUACGAGCUGGCUCGCACCUCUUCCCUCACCCCAGAAGGGGUGGGACCUGGAGCAGAAGGAGCGGGGCUGGGGACGAGCCUUUCCCCAGAGUCGUCUGGGGCCAGAGGCUAUGAAGCCAAAACACAGCAAAGGGCUCACGGCCACACCGCUGCCACGUUGCAUGGCAGCUGCCCAGGGUUGCUGCGGCUAUUUAAAGAGCUGGUGGCUCUGGUCCCUGCCAGGGUAGCGCUGUGACCAGGAGCCAUUUAAAUAGGAUCCUGCUUCUGGAGCCACCACCUAAAAAUUCAGUGGCACGGCCAGCAGGAUAUAAAUAGAAAGUGGCCAGAUCCAGUCUGCCGGACAGAUCAAAGUAUUAGGUGGGCUGCAUAUAGCGCCUGUGCUGCAUUUUGCCCAGCCCUGGUCUAAUGCAUUUUUACUUGAGUGGCCAUCUCUUGCAAUGCAGGGGUGUUUUUUUAAGCCAGAUCGGGGCACUUCACCAAGGAUGCUUGAUUGCUUGGAUUAGGCCGAGGUUUCUAGUUUUAUGCUAGUAAAUCUGCAGGGAAUAAUACAUUAAAUAUCAGGGAAACCUUCCUAAGGGUCAUUAAACUGUAAAGCAGUCUCCCAGGGGAAGUAGUGGAAACACCGUGGCUAGAGCUAUCUCAGAGUUUACAAAGCACAGUAGACUGUGUAGCAUGGAUGAAUCCUGCAUUGGCAGGGGGAAUGGACAAGAUGACCUACUAGAUCUUCUUCCAUCUCUGAUCUACAUGAGUUUGGUCCUGCUUCCAUUAAAGUCAAUGGCAACGUUUCAGUAGGAACAGGACUGGGCCAUGUAAAUCUAAAUUUUCGAGGAGUAGUUGCAGAAGUCUGGGAGGCACAGUGGUAUCUAGCGUACAGCUGCACACGUCUUAUAUAUUUGCAGGUAAGAGUCGCGGUGACUAGUGUUCCCUGGAAGCUGUGCGCUUGUGAGGCCCCACAAAUAGCACCCAGCUGAUUAGCAGAGCGCCCACAGUGAGCUUUUUUGUUUCUAUUGGUGGUGCACAUUCACACAUGCCUUGGUGCACAUAAAAUGUAUUCCACACGUAGAUGGGAAAAAUAUCCACACAUGGAUGAAAAAGAUUAGAGAGCACAUUGCUCGUGACCCAUGUUCUCUCAACUUUGCCCUCCUGAAAUAAAUCGGACUAGUUUCUUAGGGUGACUUUGCCAAAUCUUGGUUAUAUAGAUGGAUCAGGACCACAGCUCAAGAUCCAUCUACCCCAAAACUUGGGGGAUGUUCCAAACCAGAUCAGAAUUUCCUGUCUCAGACCCAUCUCUGCUUCACUGUUUGACUUUGACCCAGGUUUUCCUCCAGAAAACACCUGGCACAGCGGUGACAUGAGUGAAAUUACCUUUUCUGCCACUGGAAGACGUCACCGUGGGUGUGGAUAAAAAUACAGUACUAGAGCUGCUCAUGGAAAUUUAAAACAGUGAGGCGGACUGUCUCGGGGGCUGGUAAUGGGAUAUGGAGCCUUUCCCUAGUAGAUCGGUUGUUGCAAUCCAGCCUGGACCAGUGGCGAUGCAGGUGACUGGUUGGGUGAUUGCAUCAAAUGAGUUUGUGCUCAUAGCUCAGUCAGUGCUGGAGCAAAAGAGAACAAAGUGUAGUGACAGUCCCCAUCCAGUCCUACCUUCAGUGUAGCGACAGUCCCCUUCCAGCUUCAGUUAGGUAGGGCAUUUUGGGGAAGCUUGUUCUUUCUACACCCAGGGUUGAACGUAUGAGGGUAAACAGAGGUCUUCAAGGUUGAGAGUCUGCCACCUUUCAUCAACGCUCAGUAAAGUUAGAAAUUAAAACAUUGUCAUUGGGGAAAAAACAAGGGGAGGAGUGUACACUCCUUUUCCCUUUGACUAUCCGCCUGAUGUCCCUGAAAGUCUGUUGUACUCAGAGCAAAAUUAUUUUUCCAUUUGCACUGCAAAUUUCUCUUGAAUAUUCUACUCCAAGAGAUGCCGGUGGAGUGGAUAUACCAAAAUAAACAAUCCUACCCUGGCAGAGGAAUGGGCUAGAUUUGGGAGUUUCCUACUCUGGGUCGUGGCUUGUAAGGGUAAGCUGCUAGCUGUGCACAAGACACUUUGUUUACCUGCACCUCCACAGGAACGGGCCAUUGGCUGUGGAUCGCCAUUCCUGGCCAAUGGGAGCUGUGGUGUCCCGGUCUGCAUAGCUUCCUGCAGUCCCAUUGGGUGGGAGUUUGAAAACCCCGGGACUAAAUGGUGUAAUAGGCCUUUGCCCUGUGCUAUGGGUGCGACUGUGUACAGAUCUAAGGCGGCGUUUAACCCUGGCGCUGUAGUAUGGAAACGGGGGUAGGAAACAGUUAAAUGUUUCCUGCCGAUGGUUAUGGGCCAUUCCUUUCUACCAUCCCUAAUGAAUUACACAGGUUUGGGUGGUUUAGAACUAAUUCACCAACUGGAUAAGUCCCUUCUUUGUCUCCUUGAGUGGGAAGGUUGGAGGCUGUGAGCCAGCUCUCCAGCUGGUGUGAACUGGAAUAGCUGCACUGAAAUUGAUGCCCCUUACAUCAGCUGUCUAGGAGGCUCUGGCUCUGUGCAGUCCUCACAGACCUAAUUUAUAAAAUACAGGACUAUGUAGCACUUUAGGGUGUGUCUAGACUACAGGGUUUUGUCGACAGAAGUUUUGUCAACAGAUACUGUCGACAAAGCU